ACCACCAUCUCCCCUCCUCGCAUAUCGCGCUCAGGGCCCCCUCCACGCCCUCCGUAGCGCUUUUCACACCUCCAGCGCAGUUUCUGCCAAAAAGAGAAACGCGAUGCCGCCGAAGAAGACCGUUGUAGAGAAGAAGAUCCUCCUCGGGAGGCCUGGUAACAACCUGAAGAUCGGUAUCGUAGGUGUACCGAACGUAGGAAAGUCGUCCUUCUUCAACACGCUGUCGAAAACAGACCUCGGAAAAGCGGCCAACUUCCCUUACGCUACUAUUAACCCUGAGGAAGCGCGUAUCCCCGUCCCCGAUCCUCGUUUCGAAUGGCUCUGCGAGACCUAUAAGCCCACGAACAGGGUCCCGGCCUUCCUGACGUGUAUCGACAUUGCCGGUCUGACUGCCGGCGCGUCAACAGGUGCUGGUCUCGGCAACGCCUUCUUGUCACACGUCCGCGCUGUCGACGGUAUCUUCCAAGUCGUGCGCGCCUUCGACGAUGCCGAAGUCAUCCACGUCGAGGGCGAUGUCGACCCGACUCGUGACAUGGACAUCAUCUCUACCGAGCUUCGGUUGAAAGAUAUCGAGUGGGUCGAGAAGCAUCUCGAGGGUCUCAAGAAGACCGGUCGUUCUCUCGGCAGCAACAGUCUUGCCGACAAGGCCAGGAAGGAGGAGAUCGCUACCGUCCAGAAGAUCUACGAGGUCCUGACCAAGGAGAACAAGGACGUGCGCAAGGUCGACUGGAACAACAAAGAGAUCGAUGUCGUCAACGGUCUCCAGCUCCUUACUUCCAAGCCCGUCACCUACCUCGUGAACCUCAGCGAGAAGGACUACAUCCGCAAGAAGAACAAGUGGCUCCCGAAGAUCAAGGCUUGGAUUGACGAGCACAACCCCGGCGACCCCCUUAUCCCCUUCUCCGUCGCACUGGAGGAGCGCUUGGUCGGCAUGUCCGACGAAGAGCGUGCGGAGGAAGAGAAGAAGAUCGGCACCACCAGCGCACUCGGCAAGAUCACACAAGCUGGUUACUCCAGCUUGGAUCUCAUCCGCUACUUCACCUGUGGUCCCGUCGAGGUCCGCGCGUGGACAAUCCGCAAGGGCACGAAGGCACCACAGGCCGCCGGUGUCAUCCACUCGGACUUCGAGAACAAGUUCGUCUGCGGUGAGAUCAUGAGCUACGAGGACCUGCGCGAGUACGGGAGCGAAGCCGCCGUCAAGGCCGCGGGCAAGCUCCGACAACAAGGAAAGCCGUACGAGAUGAUCGACGGCGACAUCGCCUACUGGAAGUCGGGCGCGUAAUUGGGUAUCAUAGCAUAUAGCGAGCGUAAUGUAUAUGCGUUUGGUUCCGUGCGGUGUAGGAUCGUGUACAGUGCAGCAGUCGAAUGCAAACAUUCAUACAGCAUCAUCGAACGAUGAC